CUGAUGGAUGCGCCAAUGGAAAGACGGACAGAUGCUUGGGCGGAUCUAACGGCACGCAGUGGUGGAGCGGCGCACACAUUUCGGCGACGAGAUUAGGGCGAAAACAACGUCGAUCGGUGGAAAGAAGAACCUCGAGGAAGCAGCGGACGCACUCGGGGGUUUUAAGACACACGCGGGGUAGAUCUGAUUCCCCAGGCGGAUCAGGGACGACGAAAGGAGCGCCUUCUGUGUUGACGAGCGCGAGAGACGAGGCUCUGUAGCAGCAGGCAGGCGGCAGCAGCGGCUGUGGCAGCGGAGGUAGCACAUCUGGCACAGGGAAGAGAGAGACAGCCUUUAGGCAACUCACCCUCACUGCCCUCCUCUUCAGCACUCUUCUCUCCUUUGCCUGCUUCUUCGAGGGGCGCCUAAAAAACAAAGGAAAACAUAUGAUCCAGCAACGGCUUCAAAACUUUUACGCUUCACUGAAAAGGCAAAAAGAAACUUGUGUUUGGAGCGAGGAGCUUACCUGUAAAAAUUCAAAAUCUGUUUGAAGCAAGUGUUUUGCGUGGCAUUCAAGCGAGACUGGUUGAAGUAGCUCCACGCCAGGUAAAAGGGACUUGAAAAGUACCAGCAACGACCGACAAAGUGCUUGGCUCUACAGUCGCUAGAAGAAGUCGUUGCGCUUGAGCCAUGCGGCAUGCGUGAGCCCGUCCCUCCUCCACCACCUCCUCCUUUUCCUCAUGUACAUUAUUACAACAAGGGAGACCCAAUCAAGCGCGCAUCUCAUCGAUUCACACACGCGCACACGCACGUACACUUAACCUCAAGAGUGACUGAGUGACUUGCCCCCUAGAGUGGAUUUGUGUUGGACAAAACAGCAGUCAAAAGUACACCACGCAAGACGCACAAGGGGCAGCGCGUGUUAGCGACCGCUCCUGACUGUCACCUCCUCAUUUUUCUUCUGCUUUCCUCAACCAAGAAACAAACCGCUUCAGUUCAGAAUGGAUUUUAACGCUACGCUUCCGUGUACACGGCUGCUUUGAGUCGCGUGUGUGUUUGGAGGAUAUCGACAGCACAAACUUCCCAGUUUCAGCCCUCGACGACAACUACAGAGGAUCACCCUGACGCUUUUAACGAUCCUUGUUUGGUUUUUCUACCGCGGAGUCUCUUCUGUCUAUCCGAGAGAGAGGCGGACACAGAGCGAGCAGCGGCACGGGGAAUCCACGCUGCCUUUCCCGCCCCAUCAUCUGCUCCUCUUCGCUUCUACCUUUUUUGUGUUUUGUUUUCGAACGUCCUCGUCAGACGCACGCCCCGCGCACGCACACUCCGCUCCUCUCUAUGUGGGAGCCCUAGGAGCACACCCACGGGGGGAACUGUGUAUCAAAGGUUUCGCGGAUCCCCCGAGGCAGCCUCGGGUGAUCGGAUCACCGGGGGUCAGGAGAGGAGAAGAAUCCCCCGGACUGCGGGCCGCAACAGUGCAACAUGCCGCGGAGGAAGCAGCAAGCGCCCCGGCGCGCCUCAGCGUACGUCCCUGAAGAUGAGAAGGAGGCUGUCUUGAUGGAGGAGGACCUGGAUGGAGAGGAUUCGGCUCAAGAGGGAGACGAGCCCGGUGCCAAGUUUCUGUGUCAAGAAAAAGACUUUCUUCUCAAAGACAGACCGGGUUCCACUGGUUUCCACGACUCCCCGAAUGCCGCCGACUUCUCUGGACAGGAGCUGGACAGCGAGUCGCACUUGAGUGAAUCCAGUGACAGGAUGUCUGAUUUUGAAAGCUCGUCCCUUAAAAACGAGGACCUUCUUUCCAAGGACGCCUCGAAUGCUCUGUCUUCCGCCAUGUCAGUCGCAGCUGCCAACUCCUCCACGCCAGUAAGUUCGGAUGAAGCAAUGUUAGUCGCGACAGGAUCAGUGGCUGACAGCUUGGAGAAAAUGAAAGCGAUUUACACCUCUUUCCUCACCAACUCGUACUGGUCCACUCUGAAUUUAAACCUCACACAACCCCCGGAACAGCCGGAGAAACGCAGUCACAGCAGUAGUAGCAGCAGCAGCAGUAGCAGUAGCUGUGGCAGCGGGGGUUAUGAUUGGCACCAAACUGCCAUCGCCAAAACUCUCCAGCAGGCUUCGCAGAACCACCACAACAGACUGGCCAUGAUCCAGCAAACCCCCGUAGUAGCAGUGUCCGCCGCCUCCACCGAACCCAAUCUCUUCAGCACCGUCCAGCUCUACCGCCAAAGCUCCAAACUCUACGGCUCCAUUUUCACCGGCGCCAGCAAGUUCCGCUGCAAAGACUGUAGCGCCGCUUACGACACGCUGGUGGAGCUCACGGUGCACAUGAACGAGACGGGCCAUUACCGCGACGAUAACCACGAGACGGACAGCGAGGGUACCAGGAGGUGGUCCAAACCCAGGAAGAGGUCGCUGCUAGAAAUGGAAGGGAAAGAGGACGCACAGAAAGUUUUAAAAUGCAUGUACUGCGGUCAUUCCUUUGAAUCCCUCCAAGAUCUAAGCGUACACAUGAUCAAGACUAAACACUAUCAGAAAGUGCCUCUGAAAGAACCGGUUACCCCAGUGGCAGCUAAGAUUAUCUCCAACGCGAGGAAAAAGGUGCCAAUUGAACUUGACAUUCCCAGCUCGCCAGACUCAAAUGGGGCAAACACGCCUAAACCGUCCUCCCUGAACGAUUCCAAUGAUAUUCUACAGAAAAACGCCAACCCUUAUAUCACAGCCAACAAUCGCUAUGGACACCAAAAUGGGGCUAGCUACGCCUGGCAGUUUGAAUCGAGAAAAUCGCAGAUACUCAAGUGUAUGGAGUGUGGCAGUUCGCAUGACACGCUACAAGAGUUAACAGCUCAUAUGAUGGUUACGGGACACUUUAUUAAAGUUACCAACUCGGCCAUUAAAAAGGGCAAACCGAUUAUAGAGUCUCCGGCGCCUGUUACCACAAACAGUGUAACAACUGAAGAAAAGGUGCAGUCAGUUCCUCUGGCAGCAACAACUUUCUCACCUCCGCCUGCCCCGGUGCCACCUGUUAGCAUCUCCCCCUCAACUCUCGCGGUGGAAAUUAAAAAGGAGGAGAAAGAGGAAGAGUGCACUAAAGAGUCCGUGAUAAACAAUGGCGGUGUUGUAAAUAAAGAUAGAAAACUAGGAUGUGAUGACGAGGCAGAGGAGAAGUUUGAUAUUUCCUCCAAAUACUCUUAUCUGACGGAGGACGACUUGGAUGAAAGCCCUAAAGGAGGUCUGGACAUUCUCAAGUCCUUGGAGAACACUGUUACUUCGGCCAUCAACAAAGCUCAGAAUGGAGCUCCAAGUUGGGGGGGUUAUCCCAGUAUACAUGCAGCGUAUCAGCUACCAAACAUUAUGAAACUUUCUCUCGGCAACUCUGGCAAAAAUUCUCCUCUGAAGUACAUGUUUCCCGGUGGAGAUAUCCUCUCUCCUACAGGCAAGAACCAGCCUCUCAUCUCCCCUCCGAGCCGUCAGACUUCCCCAUUGCCAAAGAAUAAUUUUCACGCUAUGGAAGAACUAGUGAAAAAGGUGACUGAAAAAGUGGCGAAAGUGGAAGAAAAACUGAGAGAGCCAAAUGCUGCCAUGAAAGCCUCACCUUUAAGGCGUACCACUCCGUCCCCAUGUACCAGUGAAGCAGGGGAGUCGGCCAGAGGAGAAUCCCCUAAAGAAAACAGAGCAGGGGGUUGUAAAACUCCAGAGAGCACGGCUGCGGCGGAGAAGGCAGACACCAACCACAGAGAGUCAAAUGGUGAGGUGAAAGAGUGUGUGGAGAAUGGUGUGGACUCCCCCUCAGUCACAUCUCCUCUGCCCUCUAUGCUCUGCAGCAGCACAGCCAUCAUCACAGACCACCCACCUCCAGAGCAGCCGUUUGUCAACCCCCUCAGCGCUCUGCAGUCUGUAAUGAACGUGCAUUUGGGGAAGGCCGCUAAACCUGCCUUACCCUCUCUGGACCCUAUGAGCAUGUUAUUCAAAAUGAGUAACAGUUUGGCAGAAAAAGCCGCAGUAGCUGCCUCCACACCACCAGCCCAGAGUAAGAAACCCAGCAAUGACCACUUAGAGCGCUACUUCUACCAGCAACAUGUAAGCAAUGACCAACCCAUCGAUCUGACCAAGGGUAAACACGGUGAGAAAAACGGCACAAGUGGCCCUAUGGGUCCAACCACCCUGUCCUCCAGCACUUCCACCCCCUCCUCUGUGUCCCCCUCUGCAGCCAUGACCAUGACCAAAGCCUCGGCUGCUUUAGCGUCUUUUAUGUCCUCCUCCCCUCUGAGAGAGAAUGCUCUAUCAGAUAUCUCUGAUAUGCUGAGGAAUCUGACCGAGAGUCAGGUGGUCUCAAAGUCCUCAACCCCGACCAGUCUGUCUGAGCGCUCGGACAUCGAGGGUGCCACGCAGGAGGAGACCGAGGACGUAUCUCCUGCUCAGAAACGUAAGGGUCGCCAGUCCAACUGGAACCCUCAGCACCUCCUCAUCCUUCAGGCCCAGUUUGCCUCCAGUUUAAGACAGACCAGUGAUGGCAAAUACAUGAUGUCGGACUUAAGCCCCCAAGAGAGGAUGCACAUCUCCCGUUUCACCGGUCUGUCAAUGACAACUAUAUCCCACUGGUUGGCCAAUGUAAAAUACCAGCUAAGGAGAACUGGUGGCACCAAGUUUUUAAAGAACUUGGACUCAGGUCAUCCAGUGUUCUUCUGCAGUGACUGUGCCUCACAGAUCCGCUCCCCGUCCACAUAUGUCAGCCACUUGGAAUCCCACUUGGGGUUCCGUUUAAGAGACUUAGCUAAGCUUUCCGGGGAGCAGCUGCUUAGCCAGAUCUCACAGCAUAACCACCACCGACACACCAAAGGACUGUCUGAAAAACUGCUCUCUACUCUGCACCCCUCCAGUCACCCUCUGCCCUCCUCUCUGCCCACAGCACUGCCCCCAUCCUUACCCAUCUCCUUGCCCCCAUCUGUGCCCACCUCCUUACCCCCUGCUAAGUCGCCCUCCCCCUCUCCUGAGGAGGAGGAAAGUGGGGCGGUGCACCAGUGCAAACUGUGCAAUCGGACUUUUGCUAGCAAGCAUGCGGUCAAGCUUCACCUGAGCAAGACUCAUGGCAAAUCCCCCGAGGAUCAUCUCAUGUACGUUAGUGAGCUGGAGAAACAGUAGCACUCACUGAGGACAAUGCUGCAAAUCUUUUGUACUGUCUGACUCUUCCUCGCUCACAUUCUCCCAAGCCCUCACAGACCUUUAUGGCGAUGGAAAAAGGACCAUAAAUGUGAUAGAACUGCACAAGGAUGCCAUAAAACUACUGCUCUGAGUUUUGGCACAUGCUUUUUCAAAAUUUGUGUUGUAGCAGUUUGUUAUUUUUAUGUGAAAUAACUCACUUGGGGCCCAAGACAUUCAAAUUUUGUGCUCUGGUUUGAUGGAAACUAAGUGACUUUUCAAAAUUGUGCAGAUGGGGGCUGUUUGUCACUGAAAUGCUUCUGUAUAUGAAGGUUUUAAAAAGACAUUUUAAAAUGAAGUGGUGUGUAUUUUGAAAACUUGUGGAAUUGAGUUCAUUUAUAUUUUGACAUCACUGGGGUGUUAAGCUGCAUGCAUAAAGAAAACCGUUUAGUUGAACAUUUGAAAACUAAAUCUGGCGCACUUUGUAAUUUUAAUUUUUGGCCAUCACAUUUUUUUUGUUUUUGUUGUAGACAUUUUGUGCAAAGUCAGCCAUUUCAAUUUAACCCUCUGAGUACGUCAAAGCACUUCUUCUCCUACGGUUCCAGAAGACAUCGAUUUGAGAAUAGACAUUGUGAGAUCAGAUUAUGCACAGUUUAAAGGGAGGAUGUGUUGCAAACUUGGCAUGCAUUUCUGAAAGGUGGGCAUAUUUCAAAUUCAAAUGUAUAUGUAAAUUUAUCGAAAAGACUUGACACAUUGUGAUUAAAGUUUAAAAUAAUGAAUAAAUUUGUGUGUUUUGGUUGAUCAGGGGCCUUCAAUGAAUCAGGUCUGUGUAACAUAUGUAUAUAAAAUGUGAAUUCAUGUCUAAAUUAUGCAUCUUUUUAUAUUUUUAAUUUAACAAAAGACUAUCUACUGGUUGACAGUAUAUGAAGAAAAUUGUUUUUGCACAAUAGUUUUAUAAAUGUGUUAUUUAAUCAAAAGAAAAUUGGACACAAAAUGGAUGACGACAGGUGAAUUGAUGAUUUCCACCUCGUGCUCAAAGGGUUAAACGUCUUUUUACCAGACACUACUCAUGUGCCGCUGUAUGAAAUAUUAAAGGUUGUACAAAAGAUGUUACUUUAUAAAGUUAUUUAUAAGCACUCUCUUUCCUAUUGUUGAAUGCUUUUUCAGUUUUAGUCCUAUUUUCCCCCUGUCUAAUUACCUUGCCAUGAAUCCACACUGCAGCUUUAUCUUUUGGGGAUAUGAAAGGUAACCAUGGUAACUCUAACCUAUUGAGUGACACGUUCUGCUACAUUUUUGGCAGUUAAUUUGGUGAAGUAACUGACAGCUGCCAGUGUUGAAAUGAAAAAAAGAAAAGAAAAAAAAAACUUUAUGUGUAAAAUAUUGGCAUGUAAACAGCACAGACCCUGUUAUGAAUUCUGUGCACUUCGUCCUUUCAUUUCUUUCUUUGGUUUUUCGGUUGUUGUUGUUCUUGACAAUGAACCCCCCCAUUAUAUGACUUCAUAUAACCUUGUUUUCUACUGCAGCAUUAAAAAAGGAACCUGUUUUUUGCAAUCGUGUGUGUGUGCAUCAUAUGUGUCAUGGCUAUCAAUUACGUGUGAGCUGUGCAGUGCCUAAU